UUGACCAGUAACAAGUUUAAAGUUCACCAGAUAAUUACUGACUACAAAUUAAGUAGUUUUGACAAUGUGUUUGAACAUUCCCUAGCCAAAUAGCCUAGUUAGUUUUACAGAAGGCUUCGUUUAUUGUUUCUUGAAGUAACGGUUCUCAGUUCAGCUGGACAUGCGGAUCAAGUUGUGGAGAAACUAUUAAAUGAUCUGGUUCUAUAGUAUAACUUGGUCGUGGUCUUUUCUCUACUGGUGAUAAGAAGGGUCAGUGUGAACCUGCAGCAUACAGAGUGAGGACACCAUGUGGUGGUUUCAGCAGGGUCUUUGCUUCCUGCCCGCUGCGCUGGUCAUCUGGACUGCAGCAUCCUUCGUCUUCGCUUACGUCACAGCGGUGGUGCUGAGACAUGUGGAUCCUCUGGUGCCUUAUAUCAGUGACACAGGAACAUUGGCACCAGAGAGAUGUUUGUUUGGGAUCAUGUUGGAUGUGUCAGCCUUUUUAGGCAUUGCCACGGUGUAUGUGCGCUACAAACAGGUGGAGGCUCUCGCAGGUGAGGAGGAGGCCAAACUCCAAAGAUUGAACCGCUUCGGUCUGCUGCUCGGCUGGAUCAGCUCCUUCGGGAUGUGCGUGGUGGCUAACUUCCAGAAGACAACUAUAUUCUCCAUGCACCUGUUGGGGGCGGUGCUUACCUUUGGAGUUGGAGCUCUCUACAUCCUGGUUCAGACGCUGCUCUCACACUGCAUGCAGCCACACGUCCACAGCAAGAACAUAUACCUGGCCCGUCUUUGGAUUGGACUCUGGACUCUGGGAAGCAUCAUCAGCAUGUUUGUAUCUUCGGUAAUCAUGUACAGCAGUCUGUCAGGAGUGGACGUCCCUCACAAACUCCACUGGACUCCGGGAGAAGUGGGUUACACAGCUCAUUUCAUCAGCACAGUGUCUGAAUGGUCUCUGGCCUUUUCCUUCAUCAGCUUCUUCCUCACCUACAUCAGAGAUUUUCAGAAAAUCAGUCUGCGAGCAGAAGCUGAUCUGCAGAGCAGGCAUCUGUACGACUGGUCACAUGAAGGUAUUGCUGCAUCUCGUCUGUACAAAACCUCUGAAACUUCUCCACUGCUGGCAGGAUCACCGUGACACAGCACAGCUGCCUGAAAAACUGGUUUUUGACCAAUUUUUACUUUUUUUAACCGCAUUUGAAGGCAUUUUGUAUGAGUUUCUAAAAGUUGUGGUCACUGUUAAAGGGUUAGAGCACCCAAGCAUCCCCUCCCUCUAGGUUCUGAAAGUGUUUUAAGUUUGCUCAUAUCACUAAAAAUAGUCCAGAUGUGAAGAAAUAAUAAGAGGGGAGAUGAUGUUGUUUGCAGAAACUGACCCCGAGUAUCCAAAUAUGGUGCUUUCACACUUUUCACUCCAACUGUCAACUUUUCUGAACUCUAUAUCAUAUUUUAAGAAGUGUAAGCUGACAAGCGUCACAUCACUGAGUGCUGAUUAGCUGAAGGUGUAAGGGUAUUUAGAGUUGAGUUUCCAGUUAUCAGGUUCAUUAUUUUUUAUUAUUAAGGUGAAGUAUAUUAUUUAUAUACAGGGUGGGUUUUUAUCCAUUGUUUACUUUUGUGGGUUUGCUGCUCUGACAAUAAUCUGUUAUUGUAAUAAUGGAUUCAAAUCUCUUGUAAAAAAUUAUACUGUAUGACAGCUUUUUAUAACCAGCUUAUAAAUGCUUUAAAAAUGUCAAAAAACAUAACUGACAAAUGACCUGAAGUGCUUCCUUAUUGUCUUUUGCAUCAACAUAAUUUUUCCCCACUUUCACUCAGUGUUGCUCACCAGAAACAUUUAGUCUCUGUUAAUGUUAACCAGGAAACAGAGCCGUGGUCAGAAAAAGGAAACUGACACAAACUGAAGCAUGACUACAUGAUAGAAAACACGAAGAGCAGACCUGAGGAAUUCUUUUCCUUUAGGAACGAUGUGAAGAUUCCUAAAUAUUACUGAAUAUUGGUUAUAUUUGUUUUCUGUAAGUGGAAAGUCGACUGUUUAUAUGAUCAGUCGUGGGAGUUAAAUGUUCUGUUUGUUUUUCUACUUCCCUUAUCAACUCUUGUAAAAGAAAAAAAAAAGGGAAUAACCACCUUCUCCCAGAGAGAAUAAAAACCUUUAAACACGAUCGAGAGUUCCCAGUUGCCACCAUUAAAAGCAAAAAUAAGAUUUUUGUCUGAGGUGGUGAGUCUUCUACUUUGAUUCAGUUGUUUUUGUUCUGACUUUAAAGUCAGUAUUGACACAUGGCAAUUAGAAAGAGGAGGAAUAUAUUUAAAUUUGAGUUUAUUGGGUACUUAUUUUUAUUCAUUUUAAACAUCUCCAACUACUAUAAUUGUUCUAAUAACAGACUUCACCACUAUUUGCUGUAAUGACCACAGAGCUUUAAUCAGACUUACAAAAAAAGAAAAUAUAAAGUUUCUAUGCACUGUAAUACUUGCUGGCAGCUGUUAUUAAUCAUGUUAAAACUAAUAAAUAUGUACAAUUUCUUUGUACCAUGCUCA